AUGGCGGCUUUAGAAAUGACACAGCAGAAAAGCCAUUGUGGUGUAGAAUGGCAAAUCACACCGUCAAUCAACUCCUAUAGCACAUCGUCUUAUUUUGCUGUUGGACCAGGUCAGUCCUGUUUGGCAGCUGCAGCCUGCAGGCUUAGUAUUCUAUAUUCUUCUGCUCGCACUUGUUCAAUAAUGGAUCUGUGCCUGGUUCCUGACGCAGUCUCCACCAGUCCUAUUUUGCAUUUCGCUUUCAUGUACCAAGUGAAUUGUGACUGGAUUGUGGAUAUGAACAGUCCUAUUUUGCACUUCGCUUUCAUGUACCUAGUGAAUUGUGACUGGAUUGUGGAUAUGAAUUGUGAAUUGUGA